AUGGUUGCGCAGCAGCAGUACAUUGCGUCUGUCCUUUCUCCAGCAGACGCUCUUUCCGAAGAUACAUCCAGCUUGUCAGACAACAGGUCAUCUCCGUCAAGCUAUCCAGACCUGACUCCCUACUCUACAGUUUCGUCUUUUGCACUUCCUCACUGCGAACCUGACCUCCUGACACCUAUUUCAACCGCAGACUCGCCUCCUCUGCAUCAGAUGCCCAAAUUGAUGGGCCACUAUCCUCCUCCUCCCGGGAGCCCUCAUGGCCAAGAGCCAACCCCGCCGGCCAGCUCCAAGAUGUACCACCCGUGGAAUAAUCCCCAGUUCGAGAUGAAUAGCCACCCCAAUGAGACAAGCUCUCCUAUGCACACGCCAGGCCAUGUUGCGCCGGACUUCUACAUCACGGACAGACGCACACCUGGGCCACCAGAGCCUUACAUGGGGAACUUUGGCGUUUCCGAUGCCACACAACCACAUUCAUUGUCACAAUCAGCUUCUCCCUACUAUCUGGAUAUGGGACCUAUUCCAAAUCAGAGCAACCUGCUUCUCCGAGGCAAUCCUCCCAUUCCUAUGGAACCACACUCGCGGGAACUAGACCGCAACAGCCCGCUUCCCGCGCCGCUUCUACAUGAGCCUCCCAGAAAUUCAAAUGUUCGCCGUCCUCGUCGCGAGAGCUCCAACAACGGGGAAAUAAAGUCAGAGCACCCAGCCGCCGGGACACUGCGCUCCCCGAGCGACUCCCCCCGCAGACGCCUUGGGGCCACUGGUGCCAGCAAUCGCGUGAAGAAGACAAGCCGUAGAAAGUCAACCAUGAACUCACAUCCAGAUCCGUCCGAGGAGCACCAAAAUUGCCAUGGCGACGAAGUACCUCCUACUCUCAAAGACACCUGCCCUGCUGAAGAGCGGUGUAUCUUUGAAUCUCGCUGGCGCCACCGCAACAAGAGGGGCCAGGAUAUGUGGGACAGCAUACAGAAUGACUUUCUCAAGGAGUUUAACAAGAAACAAGGCAAGGAAAUGCUCCAAAUGAAGUUUAAGCGUGCUCGCUCCAAGUACAUCCAGUGGCUACCCCGUGAUGAAGAAAUUCUCCGCCAAGCUUGGAGAAAAGUUGAGCAAGAUCGCUACAAAACGAUCCUCGAUGUUUUCCACGACAUGGGUGGGUCCCGUAACAUGCGUUUGAAUUCAAGCGAUAUUGAAGUCAAGCUGGUUAAUGGCCUAAAACUUGAAGAGCAUCUGUAUAUGGACUGCUUUCGCGAGAUUAAUGUCAGACGUCGCAAGAAGCUGUCCGCAAAAAAGCGUUCGGGCGGCGGCAGCGGCCGAAGAGAUGACGAUGGAGUGCCUAUGGGAGGCGACAGCACCGUGAUGGACCUUGACCCUCACCACCAGCAUACCCACAAUGAAGACGAUGUGAUCAACCAGGUUCACAACCCUAGAUCUCGGUGGGAGGGACCGUCUGCAAGCUCAAGGGAAAUGAUGGAUAUGCAGAUUUGGGACAGCAGAGCCCCCAUGAAAUUGGAGCCUCCCGCAGCAUCACACAGAAUGCUAACUGGCAUCUCACGUGGCUGCUUUCCGGGGAGCGUUGCCUCUGGUGCAUGUAUUUGA